UAAGAGUAACAAGCACACUGCCCAUCUCUUCUCCUCCACCAAUACCUUACCAUCUGGUUUUAGGAGAGAGAGAGAGAGCAGAUUGGGUGGUUGGCUUUUUGGGUAUUUAUACCCCCGACUUCCUUUCCCCAACCUAAACAAAAAAUACACUCCUUCCUUCCUCUCUCAAAUCUCAAUCACCCAAACCCUACCCUUCUCCCAUCCUCCAUCCUUGUGUGGGAAGACUAAGAUCUCUUCUUUUCCCCUUUACUUCCUCUUGUUUGAUGCGAUGGGGUUAGGGUUAGGGUUACAGCUGCAGCACCUAGCCAGUGUUUGCGGGUGGAGCAUCAUCAAGAUUCACAAGACAGUCAGUCAGUCAGUCCACCCACCACCGAAAGCAGCUCAAGAUGAAGGGUUUGUUUGGAGCAACCUAGCUAAGUUGUUUCUGUUGCUGGUCCAGCUGCUGACAGCCACCACCACCCUCACCAGAUUCGAUCAAGAUUUGCCAGCCUUCAUAAUCAGUGAUGGAAAUGUGGUGGUGCUUCUACCUGUUUCAAAAAUCUGUAUCUACGUACAAACAACCGUCAUUCCUCUGAUAAUGAUAAUCACAGUAGCAUAUAUGAAAGAGGCGGCGCUUGCUUGCUUGCUACGUGGGGAGUAAUUGAGAGACAGUAUGAUUAAGGUUUGUUAGACUACACGAUGGACAAAUUCAUUAACUGCAUGUGUUUUCCCCCGCGCCUGCAGAGAGGGAAAUGAAAUGAUCAUGUUUAACAAGAGAUUCCCUCUUCUGAUUGAUUGAUUGAGGCCUCCCAUCUAAUCUGUAUUUAUAUAAGUCAAAACUGUACUUGUUGUAGCAAUGAAGGGCUCAUCGUCUCUUUUUUCUCUUCUUUUAAUUGAUUGCAAUCUAGUGUCCAAUGGUUAAAAGAGGAGUAGCUGGUCUGGUGUAAUCAUCUGCAAACAGAUACGCAGAUCAUGUGCAGACAUGACAAGAGAUGUGUUGGGAUGUAGGCUUUUUUUCCUUUCUUCUUUCUUUCUUGGAUCUGUUGCCGUGAUCAUCAUCGAUCUUAACUAUGUUGAUUUCAUUCAAGUUUACGUUUCAUGUUCAUUCAGUUACAUAGUAGCAGUGCUUUAUACAUGGUUUAA